ACAGAAGGCGGGAGAAGAAUUUCUAGUCAUGAUGUUGAACCAAUGAAUCGGUAGAUGAGUACUUAUUCCCGACCUUACCACAACAGAUAUGCUCUCAGUUGGCGUCACGAGUCACAUGAUCUCAAGCUUGCAAUCAGCAACACGCAACGUUUCCCUUGUGACCAAAUGACUCCACGAUUGACUUUUUCAAACUGUAUGUGGUGGCGCGUGCUCGGAUUGGUCCGAUUCUAUUAGUUAGCUUCAAUUAUGACCGCCCGUGUGUGUGGCAGAAAUAUCGGCGGGGCUUGUGGCAUGGUCGACAUCUGAGCGACUCCUUUUCAAAACCCACAGAGUUAGUGUUCAUAAUAUUAUCUUUUAACUACAUCUUCUUAAGUAAACGUUCACUCUCUCUCUCCCCCGUGUUAAUAAGCGUGUUUUUGGUACGACUCACUGCGACUUUUCCGACGGCCUCAUCAUCCUUCCUCCGACAGUUUCCGUGCCUGGGGUGGCAAGGCUUGGCCUGCCCCGCCACGAGACCCCGGCCAUGGACCUUACGACAGCCUACCGUUACAACGCCAGUAUGAUGGAAUAUUAUUCAUGCCAUGGGGGAGUCAACCAGCUUGGAGGGGUUUUCGUCAACGGUCGUCCUUUACCUGAUGUUGUCCGACAGAGAAUUGUUGAACUGGCUCACCAGGGAGUGCGUCCCUGUGAUAUCAGCAGACAGCUUCGAGUAUCUCAUGGAUGUGUGUCCAAAAUCCUGGGCAGGUAUUAUGAGACAGGGUCUAUAAGACCAGGGGUCAUCGGCGGCAGUAAACCUAAAGUGGCGACUCCAAAGGUGGUUGAGGCAAUAUCUACCUAUAAGAAACAGAAUCCCACCAUGUUUGCCUGGGAGAUUCGAGACCGCCUUUUAGCGGAUGGUGUUUGUGAUCAGGAUAACAUCCCCAGCGUUAGUUCUAUUAAUAGGAUCGUAAGAAACAAGGCAGCAGAAAAGGCGAAGCAUACAAUGAAUGGUGGAAACUCACACCAACAGGCACCUGCUAACACCACAUCUGUCAUCACGCAUGCGCCUCCUACACCCCAUGAAGCGGGACAGCCUCUCUUACGGCCGUCUUACUCCAUUAGCGGAAUACUGGGAAUCCCAAACGCAAAUCCCAAUACCAACUUGAAUAAAAGGAAAGGAGAUGAAGAAACUGGAGCCAACAACGAUGGUCGAGGAAUCAACGAACGGGCUAUUCACGAAGAGGAAGCGAAACGACAACGCACACAGUACAACGGCGAUCAACUCUACACCAAUGUCUGUAGAAACACGGUACACGACAGCACUAUUCUAUUCCACCAGAUGUGGCCCAAAUGGGGAAAACAAGAAGAUUUAAAAUCCAUGGUGGCGGAUCUCCCAACAGCCAUGUCCAAUGCAUCACCAUACACUCUACAACAGUUCACCACAGCUCCGGACCCUGGUUUCUCCCCCGUCGUAUCGUCGGCGGCAGGCGCGGAACAGCUAAAGCACGAUGCACUGGCUGUAGCCUACGAUGGAACGAUCAACUCCAUUAACUCUCAAGUGCAGUCAACAGCAGUUUAUUCUCCGCCUCUUGUGCCUGGUGGCGGAGUUCCAGGUGCAAGUGUUCCUGGACCUACUAGUGCCGAGUACAGUUACUCGUCACCAUACACCCAAUAUCCACCUGCCGCUGCAUAUGGAGCCUAUGGCUACGGGCCAAGUGGAAUUAUAAACCCGUCCUACUAUUACGCUCACAGUGCACGACCACCAUCAUCCAGCGGCCUUGGUGGCCCUAUCAGUCCAAACACCUUUAAGAGUGAGAGGUGCUAAUUAAUUAAACCAAAACGCAUCAGACUGUAUACUGUGCUCUCGUGAUGACACCGUUGGUGAUUCUCUCUGUAUUGUUAUUGUAUCAGACACCAACAUUAGAAAUGACAAACAAACAAAAAAUAGACGGAGAGUCAUGGUAGUAUUAGAAUAUCAGGAGGUUCUUAUCAAGGAUAUUUCGUGUAGGGCGUUCUACCUCGUCUUCGACUAAGUCAUCUACAUCCAAAGACUUUAAUAAAAUAAAAUAGAAAUAGAAAUUAAUCCGAAAUACGGGAAUAGUGUAGAAACUGAAACUAGAUUCCCUGUGCUUAUAUGCAUAACGACUCUGUAUGGUAUACACUUAGUGAGCAACAGACCACGAUGCCCUCUUUAUAAACGAGUAUUUUCUGAAGUGUUCCCAGUCUAACGUUUUCCGAGUUUGUGAUGAAGUUUGAUGUUAUCGAUCCUUGUAGUAUAAAAAGGAUCACGUUUAUCAGAUCUUUAAAUUAUCGCGUGUAGUUUGUUCAUGUUGUGUCAGAAAUCCUUUUUUUUUCUAUGUUACUAUUAAUUUUCAUGCAUUGAAACCAAAGAUAAUUUGCUAUUCAUAAAGUAUAUUCAUGGGGUAUGGCUAUGAAUUAUUGACAAUAUUGUAUUUCAUUCUCUAUCCCGCUUUUAAUUGUUAUCUCAUAUUUUUUAAUUUUCAGAGGACUUGGACUUAGCUCGAGCUAUCUGUAAACAUAGGUCACAAAAAUAUAUGUGAAUAAAUGUUGACUGCACCAGGGUCUCUUUGAUAACGGUUGUAUUAUAACAAUGGCAAAAAACUCAGAUAAGAUAAAUAAUACGGUUACGAAUUAUUUAUGAAUUUUUGUGUGUUUGAACAAUAAGAAAAGGAAAUAAUGCCAGUGGAAAUUUCAACCAGUAUCCCAGAGAUCCUGCUGUGAAAGAUAAUAUAACUGCAUUCAGUAGUCACAUCUGUUGUAGUCAUAUUUAUAUAUAUGAUGUUGUGUGUAUUAGUUUAAAGGAUCUUUGUGCUCUAAAGCUGAAACUAUCUGACAUGUCUCGCAUUUUCGGAGCAAACAAAAAAAAAUAAUAUUAAAGUAUUUAUAGUAUUUUUAGCCAUGUUAUGUUUUUUUUAUCUCACAGAAUCCUAUAAUGAUUCCAAAAAACGUUAUAGUAGCAGUUUAUUUAUAUUAGUCCUAAUAUUCAGUAAUGAUUUAUAGAGUAAUUUCACAAAAUGCUUGAGGUGGUUUGGACUUUGGAGAACUCGAAACCAUUCCACCUUCCUAUUAUUUUUUUACACAAUUGCUUACGCCAUCUGUUGAGAUUUUUAAUAAUUGGAUAAAUAUUAUCCUAAGUACAACGUAAACAUAUGAACUGUGAAAUAAUCCAAAUCAUAACGCAGUAAAAAGUUCAACCUUUUUAAAAUUCUUGUAUUAGAUACUUCAUAUAUGCUAUAUAGAUGGCGUUAGACGAGUAAAAUGUAAGUUAUUCCGAGGAUCUUAAAUAUCUCUAAAUAAUUCGAAUUAACUAAUUAAUUAGGGUAAUUUAUUAAAUUAUGUAGAUGUUUCUCAACGCAUUAGUUUUUGUAGGCAUUUUUCGAUGUAUAUUAAUAUUUUACCUUGAUGAUUUUCCUAGGGGUGGAAUCAUAUUUCUAAUGAUAAACGGCUUUGUUACUUAUUGGUAAAGAAUAUGUAAUUAGACCUGUGUAGAUUUUAUGCACAGUAAUGUUCCCCUUUUUACAGUUGACGACUGUAAUUAUCACAGACUUAUCCUCAAAAAGACAUAGUCGCUUUGCAAUGAAAAGUAGUCAAGUAUUAUGCGUGUUUUUGUUUUCGUUAAAUUAAGAUUACAAUAGAGACGAAUAAUCAAUCUCUAGUAAAUUAAAUCAAUCUUUUACCUCAUGCAGUCAAGAUCAAUAUGUCAUAUUUUUAUUAGCGCUUUAAUUGGCACAUAUGCCAUAGAACAAAGAGGAGCGAGCUACCACCAGUAGAAGGUUAUAGCCUCACUGUGCCACUCCCUUCAUAAUUUUAUAUAGCUGUGUGAUUUCGCCAAGUAUGAUUGAUCGAGUUUUUUUAAUAUUGGCUUCCCAUAAAUAGAUAUAAAUAUGGUAAUGAAUUUCAUAGCUGGAGAUAAAGAGUUAAUACCUAACAGACACAUAAAAAUAUUAGAGUUUAAAAAUAGAAAGACAUGUAAGUUUGUCAUUAAACUAUAUAUUUUGACGUUAAUAUCGCUUCUGUACCCGCCACCCCAAAUCUUCAUAAUAUCUUAGCUUCCUUUUCAUCAAAACAGGUCCAAAUUGCCACUCUAAUUACACAGAUUUUUUCAGAGGAGCAUGCCCCCAGAAGUCCUUUCAAAGGCAGCCGCACUUCCGACAAGCUUGAUCCACUUCCAACUUUGCUCCUGUACACAUACACACAUAUUGCUUCAACCAUCUAUGUAGUAUCUAGCUACACAUGGGUUAUCCACGCUCUGCCCAUCUUGGAAAAUCUAACCCUACGUUUUAGCAUUUAAAAUCCAUAAACUUACCGCUGACCCACCGAGGAGCAUGUGCAUAUAAUAGCAGUCUUCCUUUGAACGUAGUUUACGUUUUCUCCUUCAACUUACAGAAUACUCUUGCCGAAGAUAUAAGCAUGUAAAGAGUUAUUUUAUUUGAAAAAACGAAUUUCAGGUCGAUGAAUAAGUGAACUUGAUCUAUGUUGCUGAGUUAACAGAUCAGUUAAACAAUCAGUUACACAAUACCCGUUCUUAAUGUACUGGGAAGAUUGUGUAUCAUGUUAUUUGAUAAAUUAUACUAUGAAUAAUGAUAAAUAGUGACAACAUUACACAUCUGGGCUUACUUUUUCUUACUCGUUUCCACAAAGAGUGUGUAAUAUAAUGAUGGUGGUACUAUAACUCAUGCCAAUUAUCUUAAUCUAGGUAUCCUGAUUCAUUUCAUUGUUAUAGUUACCAGAUCGUAAUCCCUCUAAUGUCAGACGCUGUGGUUUAUUCUACGAUUGUGUAUGACUGUCAUAUGCUCAAUGGCUGA